CUCACGUAUUCCUUCUCGCCAUGCAUGGACAUGGAGCUAGUAUUCAUCAUUCAUAAAUCCGCAUACCGUCCCUAACCGGCCAUUGAAGGCCCUCUAACGUCUGGUUUUGCGGAGGAUUAUUAUUGGGACAAGCUAAGGGCCCGCCGGCAGCAGCAUGAACAGACCAAGAUGCGCUCCUGGCCUUGCUGCGCUCGCUGUGGCGUCGUCUUUCCUCUGCUUCCUCUCGCCACCCGGCGCUGAGUCAGCGGGAGUGUUCACCAUCAUCAACCGGUGCAAGACGACCAUCUGGCCGGCGGCGACGCCGGGCGACAGCUUCGGCGGCGGCGGGUUCGCGCUGCGGCCGGGGCAGUCGGCGGUGUUCAAGGCGCCGGCGGGGGGCUGGUCGGGGCGCAUCUGGGGGCGGACGGGGUGCAGCUUCGACGCGUCCGGGAACGGGACGUGCGCCACGGGGUCGUGCGGCACGUCGCUGCGGUGCGGCGCGUCCGGGGCGACCCCCGUGAGCCUGGCCGAGUUCACGCUGGCCUCCGACCGCGACUUCUACGACGUGAGCCUCGUGGACGGGUUCAACCUGCCCGUGACGGUGCGCCCCGUGAACGGGCGCGGCGGCAACUGCUCCGCGGCGGGAUGCGACGGCGACCUGCGCCAGACGUGCCCGCCGGAGCUGGCCGUGCGCGCCGGGGACGCCGUGGUGGCGUGCCGCAGCGCGUGCGACGUGUUCGACACCGACCAGUACUGCUGCCGCGGCAAGUUCGGCAGCCAGCCCACGUGCCCGCCCACGCCCUACUCCAAGCGGUUCAAGGACGCCUGCCCCACCGCCUACAGCUACGCCUACGACGACGCCAGCAGCCUCUUCACGUGCUCCGGCGCCGACUACAUCAUCACCUUCUGCGCCAGCAGCAGGAAGCAACAGGCGUGCUCGUACCACAACAACCGGCUGGUCUGCAGCGACGCCAGCCGCCGGUCUUGGCCGACGAUCACGUCCAAGCUCCUCCUGCUUCUGCUGCCGCCCAUCAUCUUCUCCGCGCUGCAGUUUCCAGUCUGACGACGAUGCUCCAAGAGAACAAAACCGACCUGCUGAUAUUCUCGAUCGUUUUCUUGUAAAUUACGUACACGAUUACUGGUGAUCAUAUGCCCUAACUGUAUGUGUAUACUCUUUUCGGACACCAUAAGUAGUGAUUGUGGUGAAUUAUUAGGCUUGCAAGUUGCAAGUACUAAUUACACAUAUACGAAUACUAGGUGCAGGUGUGCACCGUUGGGUGGUUCGUUCUUCAUUUUCUCUGCUUACUUGAGCACAGAAAGACAAGGUUAGCAAGACGUUGGGAACGAAUCAACGAGGUAGUCAAUGUGUUUGGUUGUAAUGACAGGAUGGAACGGGAUAGAAUGAUCUUUCAAAUAAGGUUAUUUGGUUCAGAGUUAAGGAUUGA